AUGAUCCUUGUGAGCCGCAAGAUGCAGAAGCAGCUGCUCUACCGCAUCAUGCCCGCCAGAGCUAUCAAGAGGCUCCAGCAGGGGCGGCAGGUGGUGGAAGUCUUCAGCACCGUCACCAUCUUCUUCUCGGACAUCGUCGGCUUCACCAACCUGGCCAACGAGAUGCACCCGCUGGAGGUCAUGGCGAUGCUCAACGAGCUCUACUGCAAGUUCGACGAGCUCGUCGCAAAGCACGGCAUAUACAAGGUAGAGACCAUCGGAGACGCCUACAUGGUCGUAGGAGGGGCGCCGGAUCGCAUGGCAGGCCCCGAUGCUGCCGAGCGGGUCGUUCGGUUCGCCCUCGAGGCCAUCGACCUCGUCAAGCACAACAAUGCGGGUGAGUUCGCGCUCAAAAUCCGGGCCGGGAUCGCCUCGGGCCCGGUGGUCGCCGGCGUCGUCGGCACUGCCAUGCCGAGGUACUGCUUCUUCGGGGACACGGUGAACACUGCCUCGAGGAUGGAAAGCACAUCCAAGGCGCUGUCGCUGCAGGUCACGGAGGUCACGUACAGACUGCUUCGGGAGUGCAAGACAGAGUUCGAGAUCGUUCCGAGGUUCACAGACUCCGAGCAUAAGAUCGUGGUCAAGGGCAAGGGUGCAAUGCAGACGUACUGGGUGAGAGGCAUCAAAACAGGACCAGGAGGAGCAGGAGCAGGAGCAGGAGAAGGGGCAGGAGCAGGAGCAGGAGCAGCGGAAGACAUGGAUAUCAAGGUGAGCGACAGCGAAAGGACAGUGGAAGGCUAA